AAAACAGUAUGUGCGGCACAUGGCACUGUCUGUGGUUUCAGGAUCCAUAUGGAUCAUGGAAUGGAUGUCUCCCAGAUAUGGGGGACUACUGUACAGAAGUACUGUGAGGCUUCCUCAAAGUCAGGAUGUCCAUUUAGAGCUGAAACUUGUAAGGUGUCUUCUAUUUUGAACCGUUUCGAAAGGACCACUUUUAAUUUCCCAAAGUUUAUAAAAGACCCCAAAGCAUGGGGGCUGUUUAGGAAACAGAGCCAACUGUGUGUGGGGGGGGUCACACCGGGGGGUCCCACCCACAUUUGCCUUCCCCUGCUUCUGCAGAGUUCCUGUGAGCCUUGGGGUAGAGGCUUGGCAAAGCUGCAAGAUGACAGGGAAGGUGGCCGUGGACCCUGCUCUCCUUUUGACACUGAAAGUGCAUUUGUUAUUCCAAACUGCCAACUCAAAAUUGCCUUUGUUUCACAUUUUCAAAGGGGGGGUGGAAAUCAAUCUAUAGCUUAGAAUAAAGUCUUAUGUAAACCAGAAACAUCCGGGAGGACGAAAGAAGUUCAGGUGUCAGGAGUGAAAAUUAUGAUUGGUUUCUGUGCAUCUCAUUAGGGAAGAAAAGGUACAAAUGUACUUAAGUGGACCGGAGGGGGUCAAGGCUGAUCCUAAGGCUGAGCCAUCUGAGCUAGAGACAAGCUCUAAGAGAAAAUCUAUACUGGCCAGAGACCAAGUUAAUGGAAAAUUUAAUUGAGGCGAAUGAAAUGCUCAGCCUCUUGGUUGUGUGGCUGGGUGCCCUUUGAACCAGGAAGGCUGGGCCAAGAGGCCACAGAGGGCCCUAAGGGGGAAAAAAAAAAAGAGGCGCUUAUCUGCACAAACAAGGGGCGGGACUGAGCCCGGGAAAAGAAAAUCAGAGCCUCCAACGGAGCCUCAGCCAGAGGCUGCACCAGGAAGGAGGAAAUCUGGCUUCUGCCACCAAGAAGUCCCCUCGAGGUCCACGGCAGAAGGCCCCGCAGCUCCAAGCGGGUGCUGGGAACCAGCAGUCACCAGAGGAGUGUGGCUGAGGCUGCCUGGUGGCAGGGACAGGAGCGCCCAGGUCCCCUGUCCUGUGCCCAGGAACCUCCGGGGCUGUGCUCUCUAGGUGGUGGCACCUGGCUAGCAUCGGGUGAUAGUUACUCACAGCUCUUGGAAUCUGCCAACCGUUUUGCUGCCUUUUCUAAGCCAAGACGGUCACCACCGAAGAGUGCCUGGUGAGCCCCGUGGCCAUGAACCGCUACAGUAUGGACCCCUCCACCUCCUCCUUUGGCCACAGGGGCUCCUUGCCCACCCCCUCCUCACUCUACUGCAAGAGGCUGAACUCUGGAGAUGGCCAUUUUGGGGGAGGCCCUGCCACCACCACCAGUGGUCCCCAUACCAGUCCUGUGUCCUCUGGAGGCCCCACAGCACCUGGACUGAGGCCCCCAGCCUCCAGCCCCAAGAGAAAUGGGACCUCUCUUGAAGGAAACAGAUGUGCCUCGAGCCCUUCUCCAGAUGCCCAGGAUGCCAGACGGCCCAGGAGCAGAAACCCCUCCACCUGGACCGUGGAGGAUGUGGUCUGGUUUGUGAGAGACGCCGACCCGCAGGCUCUAGGGCCUCACGUGGAGCUCUUCCGAAAGCACGAGAUUGAUGGCAAUGCCCUAUUGUUGCUGAAGAGUGACAUGAUCAUGAAGUACCUAGGCCUGAAGCUGGGACCCGCGCUGAAACUCUGCUACCACAUUGACAAGCUGAAACAAGCCAAGUUCUGAAGAUCUUUAAAAGAUAGAAGCUGAGCCCAAGACAACGAACUCAAGACUAUCUUCUGCCUUACCAACAUCCAGCCAACAUCAUGAAAUAGGUUCUCUUCUUAAAAUUAACAGCCACAAUGACUUGAUCUUUUUUAUAGAAAGAGUGUAUCUUCGCCUUUUAAAAAAAAAAUUCUACCUGGCUCUUUUUAAAAGGCUCAUCUAUGUUAAUGAUUUGCCAAAAAAUUACCAAAAGCCUAUUAUUUUUAACAUUCCUUGAUUUGUUGGUCACUCUUAGAGUGGGUGCUAUCUGUAUAAUGAGAGAGAGUGGGGAACUGAAUGCUGUCACCUAAGGAGAGCCCCAGAGGGUUCCAAGGAUGUGAGAAGGACUUGUCCCUGCAGGGACAUCCACCUCAGCACCACCUGCCUCUGUUCUCACCCAGGGACCCAUCAGUGUGAGCCUUACUGGAUUCAGCUCUGAGGGUGACUGCCUCGCCUUGCACUAUCUGGAAAACUUGAAUUCUUUUGCUUUCUGAAAAAGAGGAAGAAAGAUCUUUUCUGUUCGCACUUAUCUGAAGUACUGUGUUGUCCCACUAGAGGGCAGACUGCUAAUGAAAUUUCAGGACCCUUGACUGCAGCCGGAUGCUUAUUCAGAACUCAGUGUCUGGCCUGGGGUUUCUUUGAAUAAAAUCUAGCCUAUACAGGGAAUUUAUCCCACACAUUGCAACUUGGGAAGAAAUUGUCAUCUAGAGGGUUCUAAUUCACAUCCAAGCAUUAUUGACUGACUGAUACACAACAGCAAAAGAAAGAAUUUGGAAGCGUGCUCUGCCCAGAUGGGGCUUUAGAGUUCCUUCCUUUCCAGAGUCCUUACUGAGGUGUUGAUGUGUUGUCAUGUCGAAGAUUCUUAGUGACAUUUAGCCAUGGGUGUUUCUUGAAAAAAGGAAAAGAAAAAAUGUCUUAACUAAAUUUUGAAAAUGGAGAGUGUUGAUUUCUAGUUGCACUGCUAGAUUCUGUAGUCAUAUCUGUGGCUAAUUUUUCUAAUCCUCAACAAAUACACAGACACGCUAUUAUUGGGUUUAAUUCAAUUUACAAAUAGGUUUUCCUUCCUCACCGUGAAGUAAUAGAAAAAGAAUUUAUUUUCUACCCCUAUGCAGCUGUGUCCAGAGAAGGACGAUGAAUUCACAAUUUACUAGGCAGAAGGAUAUCCUCUUCUCUGCUAUUUAUUUUUUUGUAUUAUUCUCCUUUCUCUCUCUUUUUUCUUCCGUUUCCUCACUGAAUGGGAAACAUAUCCUCAAAAUAAAUUCACCUUUUUGAUGGGCAUGUCCUCUUCCUUAAAAGAACAUCUACAGUGUUAGAGAUGAAGAGGUGAAUAUUAGACCUUGCAAUCCUUAGGAGGAUGCAGGUCAAGAAGAACUCAGGGCCUCUCUGGGCCCAAAUUUGAAUUAUAAAAGGCACAGCUUCAUCCAGAAUGCAGCCUAAGAGGGGUCUCAGCUGGCAAGUGCAGCCAGGUAGGAUCUCAGCUCCCUUACCCCUCCACCAGCUGCCCUUGUACGGAACAUGACCUGUAUGGCCUUGAGGGUGACCUUGAUUGGAUUUGCAUUUGGACUGUCUAUGAAUCAGAAUUUAGAUGAGGACCAUAAGAAAUAUUGCAUGCCACCUUAUUGGGGCCCACUUUGCUGAGAAACAUUUGAGAAAGCACAUCAUAGAAAAAUCUCUUUUAGACACACCAGCAGUGACUAGAUAUAGAGUUUGAUAGAGGGGAGGGGAAAAAAAUGUUCCAACCCUACCAAUGAAAUUGAGCAGACAAUUUCAGCACAAAACAAAACUUCCCCACAUGAGGCCUUGGGUUAGAUGUUGAAGUGAGUAACAGAUUCUGUCCCUUAAAAGUUUAUUAAUGCAAAGUGCUCACUCUGAAGUUAGAUAACUUCCUUCAAGAAGCUGGGCAGUUGAUGUAUUCAGAACUGCCAGUGUGAAAACUAGGAGAUCCAGAAAAUAUCCCAUGACAACCCAGGUCCUUCACUUUUGUGGGUUUGGUCCAGCCCACGGAUAUUUAUGGUGCCUCUCCUACCAACAUAUGCUUCCUUUAGACUUUCACAUUAAGAUCUCAAAAUAUCCUAACCACCCUCACCAGUGCCUCUCUGGCUACAAACACACAAACAAUGGUGCCCUCAAGUUCAAAUCAGUUCCAAACCAUGUCACAGAGAUACCUUGGGUAGUUUUCAAGGGGGAAGAGAUGUUCCUAUUUCAAGCCUAGGGGAAAACUGGAACUGGGUUCCCACGCAACUGCUCUCACCCAGGUGCUGUUUCAUUUCACAUGAAACUUUCAACAGGCCAGAUUGCUGAAGCCAUGAUAUUUAAGGUUUGACUUUAAAAAAAAAAAAAUCUCACUACUCUUAAAAUGAAUGCUGCCACAUCAGAAAAGAACCUGGGGAAGAAAUUCUUCUUGCCUGUUUUUGUACCGACAUGCAAUUAGCUGACCAAAUUAUUGUGGCAAUACUGUAAUUAUAAUUAAUUUUCAUCCCUCUCAAAAAUCUUGUCAAACCAGGCAGCUAAAUAGCUUCUCAAAUGUAAAACACACCAGGCCAUUUUUCUCUAAACAGACUUUAUAAACGGUCAGGCCAUUGGGGUCACACUGGCCCAAAUGAAAGCUACUUGGGGACCUCAACUUGACAGAUACAGUAUUUGUUAUUCCAUGGCGGUAGCUUGCCUUCAGGUUGUAGUGAAUAAUGAUAUAGUUUUGCAUAAUUCCAAAUUAAAGUGUGUGUGUGUGUGUGUGUGUUCGUGUUCCAAAUAUUUCCAAUUAUACUUGUCUGUUAAACACUUGAAAAAAAGUUGAGACAAUUCUGUUGCCUAAGGCAUUUUAAAUAUUUUAUGAAGCACAUAAUUCCCUUUGUGAAGACUUUAAGUAAAAGAUGUGUGUGUGUGUGUGUGUGUGUGUGUGUGUGUGUAUCUCCUGCCAUUGUAGUCAGAGAGCCUUAGGAAGUGAGAAUGUAUCAGUGAUUUGCAUAUGCUUGGGUUAAAAUGUCUCCCCAGCCUUUCAACAGACGCAGAGCCCCUCAAGUCUUCCUAUGGUUGUUAUUUCUAAGUGUUGUGCCCUCUUAUGCCAGCAGGGUGCGCCUUAGAGGCACCUGGGUGACAGGGUUGGUUCUGGGGUUCUGGGCCUAUCCUCCUCAGGCAGCUGACUGGACAUGCCAUGCCUGGGCUUCAGGGUGACCAAGGAGAGGCCUCAUGGGGGACCUCAGGCAAGGGACACCUGUCUGCCUCAUUUAGGGUCUACCAGAAAGGACACUGGGUUUCCAUGAUUUCCCUUCAACAGGCUGCCAGGGAUUUUUCCUUUCAACAGAAAAAAAAAAAAAAAAAGGAUUGAAGAACCCCU